AUGGUGCUGGCCACCACUGGAGUAUUUAAAGAUACUGGCAAAGAAAACACAUAUGAAUCUCAAGAUGAAGAGGAAAGUUUUGGAUCUGCUGCAGGGAGCAGUGGAGUAGAAGUUCCGCUUUUAGAUGCACCAGUUCAUACCAUGAGUACCUCAGCCUCUACUCAGACACAACCUGUGAUAGUCCAUCAACAGGGAGAGUCCUGUGUCACCUACAAAUCUCAAUCAAAUGUAGAAACACAGACUAUGGAUGCUUUGCAUGAUCACAGUUACAAUUUCACAUUUUCAGUAAAAAGUGUAGGUACUCAAACUUGUCGUGAGCUUUCAGCAUUUCAGAUCUGCACAGAAAAAGAUUCUGUAUUUUAUACAGGAUUAUCGCUCACUGUCCUCUCUGCAUUGGUUGAAUUGAUGAAGGUACAUGGUGAACACUUACCAUAUUCACUUCCCAUUAAAGAGCAAGUUUUAUUGACGUUAGUAAGGCUACGUCUUGGACUACAAUUUCAAGAUUUAGGUAAAAGGUUUGGGAUUUCAUAUCAGCUUGCUAGCAAAAUCUUCCAAUCCUGGAUAAAUCUUUUGUCUACUCAUUUGAAAGAUCUUAUAUUGUGGCUGCCAAAAGAAACAAUUCAGAGAUCUAUGCCUAAGUCAUUUAGAGAAACAUACCCUAAGACCACCUGCAUUAUAGAUUGCACAGAAGUGUACCUUCAAAGACCACCGUCAUUAAAAGCAAGAACUGCCACCUAUAGCAAUUACAAAUCACACAACACUCUGAAAUUUCUAGUAUGCAUAGCACCAAAUGGUUAUAUUAUGUUUCUAUCAAAAUGUUAUGGUGGCAGAGCUAGUGAUAAAUUUAUCACCAGAAAGUCAGGGUUCUACAAUUACUUGCAGCCAAAUGAUGAAGUGAUGGCAGAUAGGGGAUUUACAAUUGGUGAAGAAUUGUUUGCUCUUCGUGUUAAUUUGAAUAUCCCCUCAUUUUUAAGAGGUAGAAAACAGUUAACUGAGAAAGAGGUUAUCGAGUCUCGCAGAAUUGCUUCAGUUAGAAUUCAUGUCGAGCGUGCAAUUAGACGAAUGAAAACCUACAGAAUUCUUAAUAGCACAAUUUCUAUUAAAUCUGUCAAGAAAAUGAACAAAAUAGUUAAAGUUGUUGGUGCUCUUUGCAAUUUGAGACCCCAGCUCAUUAAAGAAUGA